GUCGUGCGGGAGUUUCCACUUGAUUCGUCCUCUCGAUAUAGUGAAUUAUUUUUAAGAAUUGAAAAUCGUGAUUUUUGAGUUUUUUUUCUUGUUCAUUCGAAAUUGGUUUUGAAUGCGUGAAGCAUUACAACGAAUCCUCACCGAAUAGACUGAUUAAUUUAUAAACGGAACUUCGAAACACUAAUGUGAUAGUGAGUGAUCUGAGUUGUGUUCUUGUUGCAUGAUUCAAUUUUUUUUUACCGAGAAUAAAAGUGCGAAGCGAAUGGAAGAAAUCCCCAGCUGAAACGAGAAAAAACGACAUUACGAGAAAAAAUCUAACGAAAAAGCCUUCCCUCAUAAGGCCCAAGCACGGACGGUGGUUAGCAAAAACGGAAUUCCAGCAUGGCGCGGUUAUCGGUGUGGGUCCUUUUAGGACUUGCACUGUUCACCCUUUCGGUGCACGAUCUCCAAGUUAAAGCAGAAGCCCCAACAGAAUAUGAAUGUCGACCAUAUAUCGAAAAAGCACUACACGAACUAAAGGCAGGAGAGACGACGAGUAAAGAGGAAGCAGCUACGGAGGAGCCCAGUAGUACCGAAUCGCCAAUAGACGUUACUAGCCAAGAGGAGGAAGACAACACUGCCGCCGAGGAAACCAGUAUUGAACAGGAUGUUCCCGAACCCGAACAGCUGACGCCAUCCGAAGAGGUACAGGAGGCCCUAUUCGACAAUUCUACCGAGCAACCCAUCGAGGAGGGCAGCGAGGAAAAUGCCGAAGAAGAUGAGGUAACUGCUUCCGAAGAAGCAGCAGCUGAAGAGGAAGAAGAGGAGGAGGAGGAAGACGAAGAGGAGGUUGAUGAAGAUGCGCAGGCCUAUGAAGCUGCAACAGAAAGUCAGGAACAGGAAGCUGAAGACGACGAAGAGGAAGAAGAAGAUGAAGCUGCCGAGGAGGUAGAAGAGGACGAAACGGCUAGUGCCGAAGCUGAGGAAGCUGACGAAACUAACGUAGAUGCAGCUAGCGAAGAAGAAGCCGGUGAUGACACUGAAGAUGAACCUGAGGACGACGAAGAGGCUACUGAAGACGAAGAAGAUGAGGAAACCGAGCCAGCCAGCGAAGAGGCUGCUGCUGCAGAGGACUUAAGUGCGGAAACAGCUGACCAGGAGGGCGAAGACAAUGGGGAAGAGGAAGAAGAUGACGAAGACAUGACUGAGGACGAUGGUGAUGACGAAGAGGACGAAGAACUGACAUUGAGUGCUGAACAGGAAGACGAAGAAGCUGAAAUAGUUGAUGAGGUGGAACCAUCGGCGGAAGCAGAUACUGAAGCCAGCCAAGAAGUCGUAGAUGAGGCAAGUCCUGAAGCUGAAGAGGAACAAACCACUGCGAGUGAAGAAGUUGCAGAAGAAGCCAGUGUAGAAGAAGAAGCCCCUGCUGAAUCAGUAGAAAAAACAAUUUCUGAAGAAGCUACCGUUGAGGAAGUUGUGUCUGCUGAGGAAAAACCAGCUGAAGGAGUUGUGGCUGAAAGUGCAGAGGAAGUAGUGGUUGAGGAAACUGUCGUUGAAGAAUCAGCAGAGGAAGCUGAUGUGGCUUCUGAACUGGUUGAACCCAAAGAAGAAGCUUCAGAAGAAGUGGUAGAAAAGGUAGAAACUACGCCAGAAGAGGCCGUGCCAGCUUCGGAAGAGGCUGUGAAAGUUGCUCCAGAAGAAAGUGCCGAAGAAUCCGAACCGCUGCCAGAGGAAGACCUGCUACUGGAGUACAAAAUCCCAUCGAACCUUAGAGAUACUUCGCACAUUUACGAAUUGCUCCAUAUCAACGAUCAAUCAGCCGAAAAGGAACAAGCCCUCCAGAAGGUCGCUGACGUAAUCCUUCGUGAUCUGAAGAAAAUCUACGACACCGCCAUCAAACCGUUGGAAAACCUGUAUAAAUACCGUGAUCUCAGUAAUCGUCACUUUGGCGACCCAGAAAUCUUCUCCAAGCCGCUUAUCCUGUUCAUGGGUCCGUGGAGCGGUGGAAAGUCAACCAUUUUGAACUAUUUGACCCACAACGAGUACACUCCCAAUUCGGUCAGAACUGGUGCGGAACCAUCGCCAGCUUAUUUCAACAUUCUCAUGCACGGAGAUGAACCAGAAGUGCUAGAUGGAACUCAGCUUGCUGCCGAUUGGACUUUCUCUGGACUGCAGAAGUUCGGCCAAGGGCUGUUGGACCGUCUACGUGGCCACAAACUGCCAAACAAACUCCUUGAAAGGGUCAACAUUGUCGAAAUUCCUGGAAUUCUUGAAGUGCGCAAACAGGUGUCUCAGUACUUCCCCUUCAACGAUGCCUGCCAGUGGUUUAUCGAUAGGGCUGACAUUAUCUUCCUGGUAUACGAUCCUUCCAAGCUCGAUGUCGGACCUGAAACUGAAGCCAUUUUGGAUCAACUUAAGGGAAGAGAAUAUCAGACCCGUAUCUUACUCAAUAAGGCUGACCAGGUAAAACCGGAAGAGCUGCUCCGCGUCCAGGGUGCCCUGAUCUGGAACAUUUCGCCACUGAUGUCCUCCGCUCAGCCGCCAGUGAUGUACACCGUUUCCUUGUGGUCCAAUCCUUACGAAACCGGUGCUCCAGUGCGUCUACUUCAGGCCCAGGAACGUUCUCUGCUGCUCGACUUGGGUCAGGCCAUCGACAAAAGAAUCGAGAACAAAAUUGCUAGUGCACGUCGCUUUGCUGUACGUGUGCGCAACCAUGCCAAGAUGGUCGACUGCUAUCUGACGACCUACUACAACCACAAGACCUUAUUCGCGAACAAGAAGCAAAUCUCCGAGCAGAUCAUUGGCAACCCACAGCAGUACCACAUCUACGAAGGUCUGUCUACGUUGACUAACAUCUCCCGCUACGAUCUGCCCGAUCCGGACGUGUACCGUGAUUUCUUCCACUUGAACCCACUGUACGAGUUCCAGAAACUGUCGGAGACCUGCACAUACUUCCGUGGCUGUCCGAUUAACAAGUUGGACAUUGCCAUUGCGUAUGACUUGCCGGAACUGGUAGGCAAGUACAAGAAGAUGGCCGAGGCAGCCCUGGAGAAGCUGCAAAUCCCAUCGCCAACUACUGAUUUCGGUCGAGGAAAAUCAAGUAGUUGAGUGUGAUACGAGGUAAUGGGCGGCAAGCAUCUAGCGCAGUGAACUCUCCACUCCGCCCCCGUCCCAUCACUCCUUGUUCGAUGUUAUUGUUUCUCUCACAUACGCGCAAUCGUUGAAUUUUUGUUUCAAACCUUCAUACACAUUUGUUUCGUUACGAUAUAUUGUACAUCUGUAUAGCUUUAGGUGUAGUGCACGAGUACACGAGCAUUACACAUAUGUGUCACAAAUACAAAUUGUCCAUAUAAAAGUGAACGAAUGAUUGAUCUAUAUAUAAAUUGCAACCUGUCAUUUAUAGCAAUGCAUUAGAGAGAUGAGCAGAAGUUAUUUUAAUUUUAGUUUUUGUUCUGUUUUAGUAGUGUAGGAUUCCUUCCUUCCAUUCUAAAUAUAUUUGAGGGAAAACAUAAAAUUCGAAAAAAGUGGCACCUUCAAGUGUAAAUCUUGCUUUGAAAUAAAAAAAGCAAAUCUAAUGCAUAUUCUAGUCGUUUCCUAAUUUUAUUGCAAGAGGCUGAUUAAAACCAAUAAAAAAGGAGAAAAGGACAUAACCUCUGAAUUUGAAACCCAAAAGAUAUACGCUGGUGUUGGUGUCAAACAAACAUAAUUCUACGAGGGAGAAGCCACCAUUGAAAACCACCAAUUAAUAUCACGAUUGUGUGAGGAGCCAACCAACUACCAGUCCUAAAAUGCACAUAUACAAAUCAGUAUAGAGAGAUGUAAACGAAACGUGUCAGCAUUUACAAUUGCAAUUUGUGCAUGGAGCUAUUGUAACACUACAAAUAUUCUUGUAACAGCUCAGUUGAUCAGAAAUAAAGAUUGAAUAUCAUCGAAGAAUA